AUGGUGGAAUCAAUAAUCCAGCUUAAAUGCUCUUGCAAUACCUAUUCAUGGGGCAAGAAGGGGCACGAAUCUCUUGCUGCAAGGCUCUGUGCCAAGGUUCCCGGGACUGACUUCAAGAUCGACGACAGUAAGGAAUAUGCUGAAAUGUGGAUGGGGACAUACCCAACGACUCCGUCUUAUGUGCUCUCUUCCGGCGAGAAUCUACAAGACUUGCUCAAUGCCAACAAAGAGAAGCUCAUCGGUAAAACAGUCUUGGAAAAGUAUGGCGCUGAUUUGCCAUUCCUAUCUAAGAUUCUGUCCGUCGCAAAGGCGUUGCCGCUCCAGCUUCACCCAAACAAAGAACUUGCGUCGCAGUUGAACAAGCAGAACCCAGAAAAGUUCAGCGAUCCAAACCAUAAGCCCGAGAUUGCUGUUGCUCUAUCAGAUUUUGAGCUUUUUGUCGGUUUCAAGCCGCUCAAGGUCAUCAGUGACCUCUUUCGGCUCGAUAUCCUCAAGCGCUUUCUUCCAGAUGGCUUCAAGAGAGAUAGGUUCAGUGAUGCCAAUCUGCGACUCAUUUGUAGCUCCUUACUCAAAGCACCGGAGAGUGUUGUUGAAGAGGUGGUUCGGGAUCUCCAGUCACUUUCAAAAGAGCAGCUAGGACAACAAGCGUACAUGCUAGAUUUGCUGCCAAGGUUACGGGAGCAAUACACCAGCGCCGACAACGGGAUCUUGCUGGCGCUGCUGUGCAUGAACUUCAUGAAGCUCAAGGCAGGAGAAGCGGUGUAUGUCCCGCAGGAUAGCGUUCACGCAUACCUAUCUGGUGACAUUGUGGAGUGCAUGGCGCGCAGUGACAAUGUACUCAACACUGGCUUCUGUCCUGCAGCUGAUCGGGAUUCGGUCGAUGUCUUUACAGACACUCUUUCGUUUUCGCCACACGAGGCUGACGCAGCGAUUCUGGCUACCAAAGAGAGCGAAAAGGGCAGUGGAAAGACGAUUGUCUACGCUGCAGAGUUUAGCGUUCUGUGUACUUCACUGAAAGCGGGAGAAGCCGAGAAAGUAAAGGAGAUUGAAGGGCCCAGCAUCUUAUGGGUAACGAGCGGUGCCGGAUCAUUGAUUGCAAACUCGGAAGAAAAAGAUCUACAAGAAGGAGGUAUCUUUUUCAUUGCUCAGGGGGUGCCGGUAGAGUUUACGGCGAAUGACAAGGAGGCAUUGGUGGCGUAUCGUGCCUAUGCGGAAUAG